AUGUGCGCUUCGGGGAAGCGCGGGGGCCUGCAGGCGCGGGCCCUGCUGUGCUGCGUCCUGCUGUCGGCGUUGGAAGCGGCGUGGGGGCAGCUGCGGUACUCGGUGCCCGAAGAGGUGCCCAAGGGCUCCUUCGUGGGCGAUGUGGCCAAGGACCUGCGGCUGCAGAUGACUGCAAUCAGAGACAGUGGCGUCCGCAUCUUGGACAAAGGUAGGACGCAGUAUUUCUCUCUGCAUGGGAAGACGGGACAUUUGGUGACGGCGGAGAGGAUAGAUAGAGAGCAGCUGUGCGAGAGUGAGCAGCAAUGCGUGCUGCGGUGCGAGCUGAUAGUGGAGGGAGAAAUGAAAGUGUACGGAGUGGAAGUGACAAUCACUGAUAUUAAUGACAACGCACCCAGCUUCCCAGAGCCAGAAAUGCAGCUGAGAAUGAGCGAGACGAGAGUCGCAGGAUCUCGGUUUCCUCUGAUCGAAGCUCAGGACCCGGACUUGGGAACAAAUUCUGUCCUGAGCUAUGAGCUGAGCGGCGACGAGCACUUCUCACUGGCCGAGCAGGAAGGCCCUGGUGGCGAUCGCCGACCCGAGCUUGUGCUGGCCAAGGCACUGGACCGGGAGGAGGCGGCGUUCCAUGAUCUGCUGCUGAGGGCGAGUGACGGCGGAGAGCCGCCGCGGACGGGCACGGCGCGGAUCCGCGUGGUUGUGCUGGACGCGAACGACAACGCGCCUAUGUUCAGCCAGGCAGAGUACACUGUGCGUGUGGCUGAGGACGUGCCCGUGGGCUCUGUGCUCGUCACUGUCAUUGCCACCGACCCCGACGAGGGGAUUAACGGGGAUGUGAAAUACUCGUUGAAGAAAAUCACCAAGAAAGGCUCAUCGACUUUCCAGCUAGAUUCUGAAACGGGAUCUAUCACUCUGGUGCAGAGCUUGGAUUUCGAGGAAGGAGAAUCGUAUGAACUGGAAGUGCAGGCACACGAUGGCGAGGGCCUCUUCGACACUGCGAGGGUCGCGAUUACCGUUACAGACGUCAAUGACAAUAUGCCUAAAAUUUCAGUGUCAUCGUUGCUGAGCGACAUCUCUGAAGACGCCCAGUCAGGAACGGUGGUGGCCCUGCUGCACGUACAGGACCGGGACUCGGGAGACAACGGCCAGGUGCGGUGCUCCCUGGACACGGGAGUCCCGUUCCGGCUGGAGAAGUCGUUUGAGGAUUAUUACCGCGUGGUGACGACGAGGCAGCUGGACCGGGAGGAGGUGUCGGAGUACAACCUGACAGUGAGGGCGGCCGACGGCGGGUCGCCGUCGCUGGGGAGCAGCACGGUGCUGACCCUGCGGGUGCUGGACGUGAACGACAACGCGCCGGUGUUCAGCGAGGCGAGCUACAGCGCCCGGCUGCCCGAGAACAACGCGGCGGGCGCGCUGGUGCUGACGGUGCGGGCGCGGGACGCGGACUGGGGUCAGAACGCGCGCGUGCGGUACCGUCUGGGCGAGGGGCGGGUGCGUGGCGCGGCGCUGUCGUCGUACGUGUCGGUGCAGGCGGAGACGGGCGCGCUGUACGCGCUGCGCUCCUUCGACUACGAGGAGGUGCGCGAGGUGGGGCUGUGGGUGCUGGCGGAGGACGGCGGCUCGCCGGCGCUGAGCAGCAACGUGUCGGUGCGGAUCGUGAUCGUGGACGAGAACGACAACGCCCCGCAGGUGCUGUACCCGCCACCGGCGCCCGCGUCUGGGUCCGGUGUCCGUGGCUGGUCGGGGGUGGAGCUGGCGCCGCGGUCGUCGGAGCCCGGGGCGCUGGUGGCCAAGGUGGUGGCGGUGGACGCGGACGCGGGGCAGAACGCGUGGCUGUCGUACGAGCUGGCCAAGGCGACGGAGCCGGGGCUGUUCCGCGUCGGGCUGCACAGCGGCGAGGUGCGCACUGCGCGCUUCCCGCUGGCCCGCGACGCUGCCCGGCAGAGCCUGGUGGUGCUGGUGAAGGACCACGGCCGGCCGGCGCUGUCGGCCACGGCCACGCUGACCGUGGUGCUGGCCGAGAGCGUGGCCGAGCUGCUGGCCGAGCUGGGCAGUGAGGCGGCGGCGGCGGUGCCGGGCGAGGCGGCGGGCAGCCUGACGCGCUGGCUGGUGCUGGCCGUGGCGGCCGUCUCCUGCCUCUUCCUCGCCUUCCUGCUGCUGCUGCUGGCACUGCGCCUGCGGCGCUGGCGGCGCUCGCAGCUGCCUCCUCCUGCGGGCGGUGUUUUACGCGGCGUGCCGGCCACGCAUUUCGUGGGUAUCGACGGCGUCCGCGCCUUCCUGAGCUCCUACUCACACGAGGUGUCGCUCACCGCCGAUUCACGCAAGAGCCAGCUCCGCUUGUCUCCCGGUAGCUGCUGUGACACCCUUCCGGCCCGCCCGCUGCCCGACGAGCCCGCGCCGCUGCUGGGGGAGGACCCUGCCGGCGCCCGCCCGCAGGACGUCGACAAUGCUCCGCGUGACAGCGUGGGAGACAGAAGCAGCUUCAGGCUGCUGUUAUCUGGCGUUUGCCAGUGGGAAAUUGCGUUAAGAGCAGUGUCAGACAUCUUCACUGCAGAUGAAAGUGUCUUUGAAUGUAGCAUUAAAGCCACCGUAUCGAAUAUAUUUGAACUCCUUUGGCGUAGCACUAAAUCAGUGAAGGCGCUUAUAAAAGAUGAGACUGCAAAUCUGGAUGCUCGCAACUCACAUUCCCGCUCCCCGGCAGCAGGCGGCUGCGAUGGCGAUGUGGCGCCUCAGGGUGCCGCUGUUGACCAAGGCGGAGUAGCAGCCGAGCCGCCGCAGCGUCCCUCCCCGGAAGGCUGCUGGGUCUCAGCGCCAGCCGGAGCGGCAGCGGCGCAAGCAACAGAGGCAAGAGGCGGCGGGGGGAACAGCGGCGUCCGAGUCGGCACCGAGAUCGCUGCCCUCCGGCGGCUCGUGAGAUAA